AUGGAGAUUGAUCCUCCCAAGGACCUCCACGUAUCAGAUGUGACUCAGUCUACUGGUGUAGUUACCUGGGCUCCUCCUGCAGCACAGAUUGAUGGCUACACUCUGACCUACCAGGGUCAAAAUGGCACCAGCAAGGAAGUGCAGCUGGGUCCUAGAGAACAACAGUUUGUGCUGGAAGGACUGGAACAAGGAACAAAGUACACUGUGUUUGUGAUGGCCUAUAAGGGAGAUCACCAGAGCAGAAAGACAGUCGGUACUUUCUCAACAGUUAGCUUCCUCUACCCAUACCCUGCGGAUUGUGCCCAGAUGCAGCAGAAUGGAAACAUCUCCAGCGGCAUGUACACCAUUUAUCUCAGUGGCAAUGGCAGCAGGCCCAUGCAGGUGUACUGUGACAUGACCACUGAUGGAGGCGGGUGGAUAGUGUUUCAGAGGCGGAGCACUGGUGAACUGGAUUUCUACAAACGCUGGAAAAAUUAUGUGGAAGGCUUUGGAGAUCCCACUGGGGAAUUUUGGCUUGGUCUUGACCAGCUGCACAAUCUCACAAGCAGCAGCCCCAUCCACUAUGAGCUGCGGGUGGAUCUGCGGACAGCCAACGAGUCUGCCUAUGCUGUCUAUGACUUCUUUCAGGUUGCCUCGAGCAGAGAGAGAUACAGGCUGUCUGUGGGAAAUUACAGAGGCAAUGCUGGAGAUGCAAUGACUUACCACAAUGGCUGGAAGUUCACGACGUGGGACAGAGACAAUGAUGUGGCUCUCAGCAACUGUGCUCUGACACACCAUGGUGCGUGGUGGUACAAGAACUGCCACUUGGCCAACCUCAAUGGGAAAUAUGGGGAGAGCAAGCACAGCGAGGGGGUGAAUUGGGAGCCAUGGAAGGGUCAUGAGUUCUCCAUCCCUUUUACUGAGAUGAAGAUUCGUCCUCAAUCUUCUAGUAAUGAGUCAGUCUUGGCAAGGAAGAAGAGAUCUCUACCAGGAAAAAAGAGGAAGAUCAGAUUUUAAAUUGUCCUCUGUACAGGACAGCACCCAAAGAUUGGUAAUCUUUGGUAUUUCUUAACAAAAUUAGGUUUGGAUGACUUUCUCCAAUACUUCGGAAGCAGCUGCUGACCGGCUUGGACCCAGAAGUCUCUGAAUCUGCAGCCCAGCCUGUUUCCAGCCUUUGGAGGUCCUGGUGGGUGCUCUGUCAGAGACUGGGAGGGGACUUGUGGGCGGCAUGCCACUUGUAGCUUUCCUGGCUGAACGUGACAAGGACCUGCUUGAUCCAAUGUAUGCAACUUUUAUGAAUUGUUCAUAAAACAAGCUUUAACACAUGUUAUUGUUUCUCAAAGCCCAGCUUGCUGACUCCUGAUUUCUGUCCUUCUGACUUCUGUCCAGUUCAGACUUCAGAGAACUUCAUUUUGAUCUCAAUGAAAAACGAAAUCUUUCUGAUUUGCAUUAGAGAGCUUUUCUGAGACUGUUUCCUCCCACAUCUCUUGGUCAGUGGUUCUCUUUUCCUUUCCCCUCAUCAUUUGGAGUGCAGCAUUUCUUACUAUUUCUCCAAUCAAGGCACUGAGAUUUGGGAAACGUUGUCAAGCUGCUGACAACAAGCCUCAUUAACGCAGACAAAGUAUGUAGUCUGGGUUCCUUAGCCUCCAUUAUAACAUCUUUCCAGGGUAAUAUCCUGAUAUAUAUUUAGCUUGUUUCUUCUUAUUUCCCAGUCAAAGAAAAGCUUUAGGAGACAUGCAGUAAAGGAAUGUUCACACUCCCAGGUGAUGCCCCAAAGAAGGUAAAUGUAAGGGCUGCACCCCUCCAAGCAUGUCUCACAAUCACAAACCUCUGUAUAAUCUUUGCUCGAUACAGACUGCAAAGAAAAUUCUCCAUGUGACCAUCCCAUCUGCCACCCUCUGCUUUUUCAUUAACGGUGUAGAUAGAUAGCGAUGUUGAAAAGAUAAUGUUUGUCAUUUAGCCCUAAAAUUAGCAUCACAGAACUAAGUGGAUCUGCACACUCUCCCUCAGGCUUUUCAUUCAGGGUGUCUGGAGAUUCAGGUAGGCUCCAGUGGCUGGUUUCACAUUUAGCUGUUGUCUUUUGGUCUGAGGGGAAAAAAAAAAAAGUAUUUCUUUCUCACCCUGAGCAGAUAUUUAAAUUCUGGACCACCAGCUGCAUACAGGGGAGAAGUAGGAGCUCACCAAAUGAUGCUUACUUAAAGGCUUGCUUGUCUGAGCAGAUUGGAACAUGAUUGUCUAUGCUUUAAUGGCUUUUUCUAUCCCAGUGCUAAGCUGACUAAUACAUUUUAAGGAGUCCUCAGACUCUGAAGAAGCAAUAAUAUUGCAGAUAAAGGAGGUCUUAAAAUAUUUCUGUCUUUCUUGCUUUGAGUGUCAGAAUUAUUAUUCUUUCUCAGUUUGAACUAAGCUUUAUUUACAGAGGUGGAGCAAUACCCAGGCCUGUAACAUUGCAGAGCAAUGUGGAAAAACUAGUGCUGUGAAAAUUAGUUCUCUGGAAUUUCCAAAAUGGGGAUGGGAUCUGUGUGAUCUCUUCAUUACUUGAUACUGCAAAGAAAGUAACUGAUCUUUGGCUGCUAGGAUUUUGCUGAGGUGAGCUAACCAGGGAGUUGUCUCUCACAAGUGAGGUCUAAAUUCUUUGUUGUACUUUGAUUUCCAUGCUACUUGCAUGAGUGGGCAGGCAGAGACUCAGCAGAGCUGCAUUGGGCUAUACUUAGCCCGUGGCACGAGGGAAGGAGGAGAGGAAAGUUGCACUUGAAGUUGCAGCUCUUCUUAAGAGCAUGAGGGAAGGAAAUGAGAAAGGGAGGGGAAGAGAAUUGUGCUUCGUGCUCAGAUGAGGGCAGAUUUCACUUUGUUGGUCAGCUAGAGGGCAGGUGACUAAGGGGGACCUGGGGAUUAAGUGUUUUACGCUGAGCCUCUAAAAGCAAACCUAUGCUCUAAAAGGCAACAGAUGUGAUCUCUCCCAGCAGCAUUUUCAUGUGCACACUGCAGAGGCAAAGCUCAAUUGCAUUCCAAACCUGAAUUUUACCUGGGAGCAGAGAAUAUUCUCUUAAAAAGGCUGAGCUUUGUAUUUUAGAAUGAAAAGAAAGUGAGGCACCUUACUAGCAACUUUUGAAUUGGCACUUGUUUCUCUGAAGUACAGGCCUGUCUCCGCUAGGAAGGGUGGUCAGGGACCACUGCUUACAUGGGAAGCCAGUAUUUCCAGACAGCCACAGGAUGGCAUCCUCUCUUCGUGCUGCUUUAGGAGAACCAGUCCUGUAUCCAGCUGGCCUUCACGGAAAGAUGUUUUGAGGGCUAAUCAGACUGUAUCACAGAUUUAAAGGUUAGGACUGCUCUGAUAAAGCAGUUUCUUUGACUGCAGGAGCGGGCUGGUCCGAUUUAAAGACUUGAUCUUCUUGGAGUAGUCCCAUUUAAAAAUAAUAAUAAUAAUAAUAAUAAUAAUAAAAUAAAUAAAAAAAAUCACAUCCUCCUAGUGCCCUUGUUUUGUUGCUAUACCCAACCCCUAAUGCCUUAGGGCCAGAACAACUUCUCAAAGCCUCUGUCUUGCUGGGAGAUCACUUAAGUUUUGUAGACAGAGGGGUUUGCAACAUGCCUGGGGCAGAAUUUGAAUCCUAGAAAGAUGUGCUGUCUUGGCAUCACUGAGUUGACCAGGACUAUGCAGCUGAUGGGUCAUGCAAACCCAGCUCUAUCAGGGACUCAGUGUGGCCACUGCUCCAUCCAGAGGGCUGGACUCUGCAAAACGCUGCUGCUGGGGAGAGGUGGCUGCUUUCUAAAGGCAUUGGACUCUGAAGGGUGUAAUUCAGUAUUCACUGGGCCACAGGAGGAGAAGAUGGGAGUGUCUUACCACACUGGGCACUUGGUUGGAAAGUAGCCACCCUACUUCUGGUUGCUGCUUCAGGCUUCGUUGGCUGAAGAAAUAGAGGAAUGGUCAUUGAGAAUCGAAUUCUUCCCUCCUAAUGGGACUUCAGGGACUAUAUGGGGCAAUUCUGGCACCCUUUCAAUCCCUGGGGCUGGUCCAGGGAACAAUCAAAAAUUAAUAUCAGCUUCCCCCCACCCCCACCUCCUCCUGCCAGUCCUUCCCAGAGCUCUGUGCCUUUGUGCAGGACCUUAGUGCAGCAUCCAGGUGAGAGACAGUUUUUAUUUUCAUUCAUUUUCAUGGAGGGAUUACUUAGUGGUACAGAUGCCCACCGUGCCAUUUGGAAAAACUCUGCUCCUUUUGCAUGCCUGGUGCAGACAGCUACGAGGAGCUGCAGACACCACGAAAUACUUGUCUGAUAGAAAUCAGCUGGGUUUCACCCUGUGCUGCAGAGCCUUCACACAGGGGAAAAAAAAAACAAAACCUUCCUUGCAGCCUGAAAUGCUGCUUUUCUUCUUCCCAGUACUUUUUGCCCUGGGGGAGAGGAGCUUGACUGUGUUCAUUAACAAGGUGAGGCUAAUAAAUUUGAUUAAGCUAAGCUGUUUCUUUAAGAAAACUUCAAGCUGCACAGCUGUCUGCAGGCAGAGAGGCACAGCACAUCUGACCACUAAGCCCUCCCAGCGUCUUAUCUAGGGCCAGGGAACAGAUACAAGAAAAAUUUCCCCAUGAAAAUAAACACAACUGUUAGAGGCACAGCAUUUGUUUGCAGUUUUAGAGUCAUUUAUUUUUGUACCAAAAA